AUGACCUGCCGCCUUCCUCAGACCCCUCGCACACCAACUGGGGCUGCAGAUCACUACUUUGACGAUGUUUUUGCCACGUCAGGCAAGCCAAAGAAGCCCCAUCACCUCCGCCGUUCUUCAACCAGCCGUAGUAUCGGCCACCGAAGCGAUUGGGGCGGGUCUACCAAUGGGGACGAGGACGAUGUCACUAGCCCUGCCAGGCGCAAGAACUCUGUUGGUGUUGCAGACGCUGAGCAAAUGGAGCAGCGAGCAGCGAUGGAGGCACGCCUGAAUCACUAUGUCAGCGGUCAGCUGCAACGCAUCAAGACGGGUAUGCAAGACUACGAGCCGGAUGAGUUUGAGACUACCACGGAUGGCGCGUCAGACGGGAAGCCCUCGCACAGCCGCCGCAACGGUCAUCGCGAGCGUCGCGACUACUUUGAGCAGGAUCCUUAUUUUAGCAGGUAG